UGAAUCCUGAUUGGAGUGGGACAGCAUGAUUCAACUUUUGAGCCAGAAAUCGGGCAAUUCGUUUCCAAUAAGGAAUGCAAGUCCUCCGCUGAAUCAAGAAGAUGGAAAAAAACUCAAAUCGGCAUCUUUGAUAGAAUAUGCCAUCUCCUUCAUCAAUCAAUUCAUAAUUAGGGGGGAGACAGAGAGAGAGCCUUCUUUGUCUGUGUGAUUGUGUGUGUUUUGACUUUCUGCAACUGUUUAACAUCUUCCCCAACACGGCGAGUUCGAUUUGUUUUGGAUUCUCUAUCUCUAUUUAUCUAUUUAUAGCUAGCUACCCAGUUGAAGGUUUUUUGUCUCAAACCUCUUUCUGUGUGUGUGUGUGUCUCUCUCUCACUCACUCUCUCACUCUCUCUACAGAGAGAUCAUUUCCUUCCUCAGUUUGCAGUGCCCGCAUUCAGGGUUUGCUCGAAGAAUCUAAGUGAUGGCGAAUCGAAGUCUGGAGAAGAUGGCGUCGAUCGACGCCCAGUUGAGGCUUCUGGUUCCCGGCAAAGUGUCGGAGGAUGACAAGCUUGUUGAAUACGACGCUCUGUUAUUGGAUCGGUUUCUUGACAUUCUCCAGGACUUACAUGGGGAGGAUCUGAGAGAGACGGUUCAAGGGUGUUAUGAACUUUCUGCUGAGUAUGAAGGGAGGGUUGAUCCCCACAAGCUGGAAGUGCUUGGCGAUGUUCUGACAAGUUUGGAUCCUGGGGACUCCAUUGUCAUUGCCAAGUCGUUCUCGAACAUGCUUAACUUGGCCAACCUGGCUGAGGAAGUUCAGAUCGCUUACCGUAGACGGAUCAAGUUGAAAAAGGGGGAUUUUGCUGACGAGAACUCGGCAACAACUGAAUCAGACAUUGAAGAAACUCUGAAAAGACUUAUGGGGGAACUGAAAAAAUCUCCCCAAGAAGUCUUUGAUGCUCUGAAGAAUCAAACUGUUGAUCUGGUCUUUACUGCUCACCCUACGCAAUCUGUCCGACGAUCUUUGCUUCAAAAGUUUGGAAGGAUCCGGGACUGUUUAACACAGUUAUAUGCCAAAGACAUUACUCCUGAUGAUAAGCAGGAACUAGAUGAGGCUUUACAGAGGGAGAUUCAAGCUGCCUUCCGAACAGAUGAGAUCAGGAGAACUCCUCCAACCCCACAGGAUGAAAUGAGAGCAGGAAUGAGUUACUUCCACGAAACAAUCUGGAAGGGUGUUCCUAAAUUUUUACGUCGUGUUGACACGGCUCUCAAGAACAUAGGAAUAGAUGAACGUGUUCCUUAUAAUGCCCCGCUUAUCCAAUUCUCUUCUUGGAUGGGUGGUGAUCGAGAUGGUAAUCCAAGGGUUACUCCUGAGGUCACAAGGGACGUCUGCUUACUGGCGAGGUUGAUGGCUGCUAAUUUGUACUAUUCCCAGAUCGAAGAUCUCAUGUUUGAGUUGUCUAUGUGGCGUUGCAGUGACGAGCUUCGUGCUCGAGCUGAUGAACUCCACAGAUCCUCGAAGAGAGAUGCAAAACACUACAUAGAGUUUUGGAAGCAAGUUCCUCCAAGUGAACCUUACCGUGUUAUCCUUGGGGAUGUGAGAGAUAAGCUGUAUCAGACGCGGGAGCGCUCUCGGCAUUUAUUGGCCAAUGGAACCUCCGACAUCCCAGAGGAGGAAACUUUUACCAAUGUCGAGGAGUUCUUGGAACCUCUUGAGGUCUGCUACAGAUCUCUUUGUGCUUGUGGUGACCGGCCCAUUGCUGAUGGAAGCCUUCUUGAUUUCUUGCGGCAAGUCUCUACAUUUGGUCUCUCACUUGUGAGACUUGAUAUUAGACAAGAGUCAGACAGGCACACUGAUGUAAUGGAUGCCAUUACCAAGCAUUUGGCAAUUGGUUCCUAUCGAGAAUGGUCUGAAGAACGCCGGCAGGAAUGGCUUUUAUCUGAGCUCAGCGGGAAGCGCCCACUCUUUGGUCCCGAUCUUCCAAAAACCGAAGAAAUUGCUGAUGUCUUGGAUACAUUUCAGGUCUUAGCUGAGCUUCCAGCAUAUUGCUUUGGAGCUUACAUCAUCUCAAUGGCCACUUCACCAUCUGACGUACUCGCCGUUGAGCUGCUGCAACGUGAAUGCCACGUGAAGCAGCCUCUGAGAGUUGUUCCACUGUUUGAGAAGCUAGCUGAUUUGGAAGCAGCUCCGGCUGCUGUUGCCCGGCUUUUCUCAAUAGACUGGUACAGAAACCGUAUUAAUGGGAAGCAAGAGGUGAUGAUCGGGUACUCAGAUUCCGGCAAAGAUGCUGGACGACUCUCAGCAGCUUGGCAAUUAUACAAGGCUCAAGAGGAGCUGAUAAAAGUUGCAAAGGAAUUUGGCGUGAAGUUAACUAUGUUCCAUGGCCGGGGUGGAACAGUUGGAAGAGGAGGUGGCCCAACCCAUCUUGCUAUAUUGUCUCAACCCCCUGAUACCAUUCACGGGUCGCUUCGUGUCACAGUUCAGGGAGAAGUCAUUGAGCAAUCUUUCGGGGAAGAGCACCUGUGUUUUAGGACGCUCCAGCGUUUCACUGCUGCUACUCUCGAGCACGGGAUGCAUCCCCCUGUUUCACCAAAACCAGAAUGGCGUGCACUCUUGGAUGAAAUCUCGGUUGUUGCUACUGAGGAGUACCGCUCAAUUGUAUUCCAAGAACCUCGAUUCGUAGAGUAUUUCCGCCUUGCCACACCAGAGUUGGAGUAUGGUCGAAUGAACAUUGGAAGCCGUCCAUCGAAGCGAAAGCCGAGUGGAGGAAUUGAAUCCUUGCGUGCAAUUCCUUGGAUCUUUGCCUGGACACAAACCAGGUUCCAUCUUCCAGUAUGGCUGGGCUUUGGAGCUGCUUUCAAAUACGCCAUUAAGAAGGACAUUAAGAAUCUGCACAUGCUGCAAGCAAUGUACAAUGAAUGGCCUUUCUUCAGAGUCACUAUUGAUUUGGUUGAGAUGGUUUUCGCCAAGGGAGACCCCGGGAUUGCUGCUUUAUACGACAAGCUCCUCGUGUCAGAAGAGUUGUGGCCAUUUGGCCAGCGCCUAAGGUCCAACUAUGAAGAAACCAAGAGCCUUCUUCUCCAGAUUGCUGGGCACAGAGACUUGCUAGAAGGGGACCCCUCCUUGAAGCAACGCCUACGCCUGCGCGACUCCUACAUCACGACUCUCAACGUGCUGCAGGCAUACACCCUGAAGCGCAUUCGAGAUCCCAACUACCAUGUGAAGCUGCGGCCCCAUAUCUCAAGGGACUACAUGGAAUCCAGCAAGUCUGCAGCCGAACUUGUGAAGUUGAAUCCCACAAGCGAGUAUGCUCCAGGGCUGGAGGACACUCUCAUCUUAACCAUGAAGGGCAUUGCUGCUGGGAUGCAGAACACCGGUUAACUUACACGCUCUGUUUGGCCUUUUCUUUUUCCUUUGUUUCUAGGACAUAUAUAUAUUUACCAUAUACAGGUCUCUGAGGGCAAGGCAUGCCCUCUGCUAGGGACCAUGUUUUCUAUUUGCCCCGGCUGCCUGGGAUAUUUCAAAGUGAGUCUGUAACUGGACAUCUGCGAUUACAUCACUGUGCUUGGUGCUACUGUCACUAGCAAUGUUUCAAACUUCCUUUCAAAAGGUAACUGUUUUGUUGCAUGCA